AUGAGUGUACUUCUGGAGACGACUGUAGGGGAUUUGGUAAUCGACGUUGAUUUCGAAAAGUAUCCGGUCGAAGCCUUCAAUUUCAUCAAGCAAUGCAAAAGCGGCUUCCUCAAAUAUCAAUGUUUCUACAACCUAAAUAAAGACUAUUCCAUAGAGUGCGGUGAUGCCUUGGUUGGUAACGAAUUGCGAAGUUCGCUUAGAGUCCACAACUGUUCCAUCGGCGGUCUUCUAAAUGUAGAAAAAGAGAUGUCUGACACAGCGCUCAAGUCUUCUCAGGAAUAUCUAAAAACAAGAAAGGCCGAACUCGGGGACGUUGGGUACCUCACGUCGCUCUUGGAGGAUAAAGUGCCUGUGGUGGGUUCUAGAUUUAUAAUAGCGUUGGCAGAUACUACUAGUCCCUAUGACGACACAGUUUUUUUUGGUAAAAUAGCUCCGGAGAGUUUACCAGUGCUAAAACUUUGGGGAACAAAGCAGAUCGAUACCUCUAAAAGACCAGAAGUCGACAUACGCAUCAAAGUGGCACAUGUACUGCAUGAUCCGUUUCCUGAUCCAAACGGAUUCCACAAGUUUGACGUGAGUCUUCCCCAUGGCGACGUUAGACUACCGCCAGAUAUCAAGGUCGAAGCUGGUAAGGAAACUUCAGAACAUAAACGUGCGAUGCAGAUGCGUAGCACAGAAAUGACACUUGAAAUCUUGGGCGAUAUUCCGUAUGUGGGAAUCAAGCCUUCGGAAAGGGUGCUUUUCGUCUGCAAGCUCAACAAAAUGACACGCGCUAAGGAUUUAGCCAUCAUAUUUCACCGAUUUGGAUCCAUCGAAACUAUAGAAAUUGUACACGACAAAGAAACAGGGUCAUCUCUGGGCUAUGGAUUCAUUGAGUUCAGCCACAAGAGGUCUUGCGAAAUGGCCUUUUCCAAGAUGGAUGGGGUCCUGAUCGAUGAUCGCAGGAUACAUGUUGACUUUUGUCAAAGUGCUAAGAAACUGGCUUACUAA